AAAAACAAUAUAAAUUUCUCAUACAACAUAACUGGGUUUACUUUCCUUGUUUAUCGUCUGUUGAUGUCAGUCUGGAAAUUUGUAUUCUUACUUCACCAUUCUUAACUCAGCCAUUUGAGCUGUAUUUAGUCUCACUGCGUUGAUUUAUUCAAAAGCCGCAACAUGUCGUACAUGUUAGCUCAUCUCCACAACGGCUGGCAGGUAGAUCAGGCCAUCCUUUCAGAAGAGGACAGAGUUGUUGUUAUUCGUUUUGGCCACGAUUGGGAUCCAACUUGCAUGAAAAUGGAUGAAGUCUUAUAUAGUAUUGCCGAAAAAGUUAAAAAUUAUGCAGUAUUUUAUUUAGUUGACAUUACAGCAGUCCCAGAUUUCAACAAGAUGUAUGAAUUGUAUGAUCCCUGCACUGUUAUGUUCUUCUUCAGAAACAAGCAUAUCAUGAUUGAUUUAGGUACUGGUAAUAAUAACAAAAUCAACUGGCCACUUGAUGACAAACAAGAAAUGAUUGAUAUUGUUGAAACUGUGUAUCGUGGAGCAAGAAAAGGUCGUGGUCUUGUUGUAUCUCCUAAGGACUACUCGACUAAAUACAGAUACUAAGCUACAUA